UGGACGCCCCGGGCCCGCUACCCGCCGACGCCCCGCCCCGCGAGUCCUCCCCCGCGGGCCAGCAGCCCGCCGCCGGCUGGGCGGGUGGGUGGGCGCGGGGCCGCCUCUACCAGCUGGCGGCAGUGACUCGGCGACCUUGGCCCGGAGGCUGUAGCGGAGAUCCACAGACACCCCAACGACCGCGGCGACGAGGACUUUGCCCAACGCGGGAGGCGGAGCGGAUUGCGUGUCUGCGGGCGGAGAGCAAAGAUGUUAGCCUUCGCCGCCAGGACCCUGGUGAAGCCCAUGGGCUUCCUCAAGCCCUCCUCCUUGAUGAAGACACCUGGCCGCUUCAAGGCACACCAGGAUGCGCUGCCGCGGCUGCCCAUACCUCCUCUCCAGCAGUCGCUGGAGCAUUACCUCAAGGCACUGCAGCCCAUCGUGAGUGAGGAGGAGUGGGCCCAAACCAAGCAGCUGGUAGACGAGUUCCAGGCCUCAGGAGGCGUGGGAGAACGCCUGCAGAAGGGGCUGCAGCGCAGGGCCAGGAAGACAGAGAACUGGCUGUCUGAGUGGUGGCUCAAGACAGCCUACCUCCAGUUCCGCCAGCCUGUGGUCAUCUACUCCAGCCCAGGGGUAAUGUUGCCCAAGCAGGAUUUUGUGGAUCUGCAGGGUCAACUCCGAUUUGCUGCCAAACUCAUUGAGGGAGUGUUGGAUUUCAAGGUCAUGAUUGACAAUGAGACUCUGCCUGUGGAGUACCUGGGGGGGAAGCCCCUCUGCAUGAACCAGUACUAUCAGAUCCUGUCCUCUUGCCGCAUCCCAGGCCCUAAGCAGGAUUCUGUCAGCAACUUCAGCAAGAUGAAGAAACCACCCUCACAUAUCACCGUGGUGCACAACUACCAGUUUUUUGAGUUGGACGUGUACCACAGCGAUGGGACACCCCUCACCUCCGACCAGAUUUUCGUGCAGCUGGAGAAGAUCUGGAAUUCGUCAUUGCAGACCAACAAGGAGCCCGUGGGCAUCCUCACCUCCAACCACCGUAACUCCUGGGCCAAGGCAUAUAACACCCUCAUCAAAGACAAGGUGAACCGAGAGUCAGUGAGCUCCAUCCAGAAAAGCAUCUUCACCGUGUGCCUGGAUGCACCCAUGCCCAGAGUGUCUGAGGACGUGUACCGCAGCCACGUGGCUGGCCAGAUGCUGCAUGGGGGUGGCAGCAAGCUCAACAGUGGCAACCGCUGGUUCGACAAGACGCUGCAGUUCAUCGUGGGAGAAGAUGGCUCCUGUGGGCUCGUGUAUGAGCAUGCAGCAGCAGAGGGACCCCCCAUUGUCAGCCUUGUGGACCAUGUGAUCGAGUUCACGAAGAAGUCUGAAUUCGUGCGGUCUCCCAUGGUGCCCCUGCCUAUGCCUAAGAAGCUGCGGUUCAACAUCACACCCGAGAUCAAGAAUGACAUUGAGAAGGCCAAGCAGAACCUCAGCAUCAUGAUCCAGGACCUAGACAUCACAGUGAUGGUGUUCCACCACUUUGGAAAGGACUUCCCCAAGUCAGAGAAGCUGAGCCCAGAUGCCUUCAUCCAGAUGGCCCUCCAGCUUGCUUACUACAGGAUCUACAGGCAGGCGUGUGCCACGUACGAAAGCGCCUCCCUGCGCAUGUUUCACCUGGGCCGCACAGAUACCAUCCGCUCAGCCUCUGUGGACUCACUGGCCUUUGUCAAGGCCAUGGAUGACUCUAAUGUGACGGAGCACCAGAAGGUGGAGCUGCUACGGAAGGCUGUGCAGGCCCAUCGAGGCUAUACCGAUCGAGCCAUCCGUGGGGAGGCCUUUGACCGGCACCUGCUGGGCCUAAAGAUGCAGGCCAUUGAGGACCUAGUGAGCAUGCCCGACAUCUUCAUGGACACCUCCUACGCCAUCGCCAUGCACUUCCACCUCUCCACCAGCCAGGUACCUGCCAAGACAGACUGCGUCAUGUUCUUUGGGCCUGUGGUCCCUGAUGGCUACGGCGUCUGCUAUAACCCCAUGGAGGCCCACAUCAACUUCUCCCUCUCCGCCUACAACAGCUGUGCAGAGACCAAUGCUGCCCGCCUGGCACACUACCUGGAGAAGGCGCUGCUGGACAUGCGUGCCCUGUUGCACAGCCACCCUCGGGCCAAACUCUGAGUCCCCCAGACACAGGCCUACCAAUGCCACAGCCAAGCCCACCUUGGGAUAACCAGGGCUCAGCCCCUUUGUUCUCUUAUCCCCAUUCCCCCAGAUGUGACUGAGCCAGGGCUAGCAUCCUUUAGUGGGGCCUGUAGGCCCAAGCGAAGUGCCUUCCAUGGGUUGUCCCCAGCACCUGCUGCAUCAUAAGUCCCUGGGCAGAGUAAGAGGCUAAGAGGGGCACAGCCCCAGGCUCUGCAUGUCAUCCACUGAUACCUCCUCUUGGGAAGGGAACCAGUCUAGUCCAUUUUGGCCAGAGCAGGAGAUUGACGAGCUCCUUUUCUGAGGCCACAUGCGUCUUCUCCAGACCAGGGUAAGGAUUAUCUGAGGCCGAGGAGCUCUGGGCCUCCCUGAGGACUUGUCCACACCACAUCAUUGGGUCCUAUCCUCUGUGUGGGGGGACCAUAUUCUUCUGGAUGGUGUAGCCAUGAGUCUAGUCCUCUUGUUUCCACUCAGAUUGGCUCCUGCACCACGGUGGUGGUCAUACAUUAACAUACAGGGUGAUUAAUAAAGGGAUGUGUUGGUGAA